UUCUCACCGGUUUUGGCCCUGACGGAUAAACAAACUCUAUUCUGUUUUCAACUUUUCGUGCUCCUUCGCAUCGCACCCUCCCCUCGCCGCCGCCGCAGCUCCCUCGCAUCCGCACCUUGGCCCCGGUCGUCUCCCGCGGAAGCAGGGGUUAACGGGACACAUCCCACCACCAAGCCAUGUCGGCGGCGGCACGGGUGCUGCCGAAGGCGGUGACCUUCGUUACGGGCAACGCCAAGAAGCUGGAGGAGGUCCGCGCCAUCCUGGGCUCCUCCGUCCCCUUCCAGUCGCUCAAGCUCGACCUGCCUGAACUGCAAGGGGAGCCAGAGGACAUAUCUAAAGAGAAAGCGCGGAUGGCUGCAUCUAAGGUGAACGGGCCUGUACUGGUUGAGGACACAUGCCUAUGUUUCAAUGCACUCAAAGGCUUACCAGGACCUUACAUAAAGUGGUUUCUUGAGAAGAUUGGCCAUGAAGGUUUGAACAACCUUAUAAAAGCUUAUGAAGAUAAAUCAGCAUUUGCCAUGUGCAUCUUUUCUCUUGCUCUUGGACCAGGAGAGGAACCAAUCACAUUUGUCGGGAGAACUGCGGGAAAAAUUGUACCCGCUAGAGGGCCUAAUGAUUUUGGAUGGGACCCUGUAUUCCAGCCAGAUGGUUUUGAACAAACCUAUGCUGAGAUGCCCAAGUCAGUGAAGAAUGAAAUAUCUCACAGAGGGAAAGCUCUUGCUUUGGUGAAAGAACACUUUGCAUCUGCCAACUAUACUGUUCAGAGCGAUGGCUCAGCUUGAAAUUUAUUUUUGCUUCCCAUACGGUUAAACAUCCAUUGUUGUUUGAUCGUUUCCAGAGACCCUCUUUGAUUGUGGCUAUACUUUGCCGAUUAUGAGUUGCACGCUCUUUUCCAUUAAAAAUCAGUAGAAUGUUGAGAACCGGAUCUUGUUCUUAUC